AUGGCGCCCAAGAAACAACAGAAAAGGAGCUGCGACGAGGUGGUCCAGGGAAAUGCAGAGCUGAAGGAAACCAUGAAAAAGAUGAAGGCGGAAAUGAAAGACAAGGAUUCCGCCCUCGACUGGCGAACGUAUGGCCCCGACAACCUGAAGCUCGGCUUGGAGCGGCGCAGGAUGGGGACCGCGGGUGCAAAGCGCCUGCGGCACGUGCAGGUGCAGCCCGCGGCAAGCAUUCGCAAUCAUGACCAGCGAGUCGAUACGAUGCAACAGAUCGCCGCGGCCGAGAGCGCAUCCGCUCUCGCCAGGCACGCGAUGCACGCGGCAGAGCGCGCCGCGGGAACACAAGCGGCCCGCGCUACGGUCGCUGCGUGCACAGCUUCGGCAGCGGCAGCCGCGACGGCCGAGGUAGCCCCGCAGCCAAUCCCAGCGGACUACGUUCCGCCCUUCCAGAGGGGGCUGCAGUCCAGCUCCGACGGCGUCAACAGGAUCUUCUGGGAGACACUCGAGGUUCUCAAGGGAGAGUACCUAAUCAAGCUUGUGAAGAAUAAGAGCCCUGCGAAGUUCUUCGUGCACCUGGGGAACAGGUUCGGCCUCGGGCUCAGCCCGCGCCAAGCCCAUCGGGCUGGCGCGAAGAUAUGCGGCAUCGGAGACGGUAAGGCUGCAUUGACCAAUGCCUUCGCCAUCGAGAUGCAGGUGGAAGGCCCGAUGCGACAGGCAGCGGUGGACUUCAACUGCAGCGUCAUCCCGAGGAGCAACGGCACCCUUGCUCAGCCCACCGGGCAGGAGAUGCACCUCACGGUCGGGAACUUCAGCGGCACCAUCGACACGCAGAAACUGUUCAAAAGCAAGGUCUUCAAGUCCAUGAUCCAGGACGGGUGGGACUGGUGGAUCAUAUCCGCGACGGCGAACAGGGAAUGCCCUCUGCGCGCCGAUCUCGCGCAGAAGGCGCUCAAUGCAAACAACCGCGUGGCGCCCCUCAUCGGGGAGGCGGCGGCUGCGCAGAUGAUGGCGGGACAUCUGAAGGGCGGAGACCAGGCAGACGAUAACCUGGAGGAGAUGGCGCAGGAGUCCGUGCGAUCCAUGGGGCGCCCGUGCUCCCCCUACGUGGACGGCGUCACUAAGUUCGUUCGGAUCUACGCUGGAGGGACUGGCGACCCCCACAUCCAGUUUAUCGACAAGGUGGCCAAGAAGUUCCACGCCACUGGCUUCUGGAAGGCUGUGGCAGAUACCACUUUCUACGACAGCAGUGGAAAGCGCCCCCUCAUCAGGAACGCGAUGGUGUUGGCCAACCGCACAUCGAAUACCAUGGAGGUCGGAAUCGCCACGCUCUUGUCGAGGAGCGACGCGAUGAAGCUCGCGUCCAAGGCCAACGCGGAGACAGCAGCUGAGUGCAAAGGGGCAACGGGCGAAGACGCAAGAGCGAUGGAGUUGCCCGACAUCCAGUCGCAGUACCUCGAUGAGCUCAUCGCGGCCGCCGGGCAGGAGGUCACGUGCGACUCGUGGGGCUGCAUCGUGAUCAAGAAGGACGCCGCGGGGGACCCUAAGGGCCUUCACAAGCUACUUGGGUUCGCCGAUGGGGCCCAGCUGCAGCAGGCGUUGAGCUCCGUGCAUGCGCGGGCUACCGACUGGAUUAAGGCGGGGUUAUUCAUCGCCACCCACGAGGUAUACGAUGCCCAUGACGACCUGAAGUUUGUCAUACGCCCCGACGUGGUCAUGGCCAAGAGGGAAUUCAAGAAGGGCCCCCUCGCCCUCGCUCCGAUGGCGCCGCCGUGCAACAUCUCCACCAAGAAGCCCGCGGGGUCAUGGGGCCUCGGCAAGCACAACGCGGGCAAGCAAGAGCACUUCGAGAUUAAGCCCACCAGGCAGCCAGCCACGGCGGUCAUCGACGCCUCGUACGGCAUGAGCGCCUUCUGGUGGGUGAAGACACCAGCGGAUACAGUCAAGACCAUGGGCCACCACGGCGUGCCAACCCCGUGA